AUGAUUUCACGCGCCUUGUCACAGAAAUUCAACCACAGACCGGCAGUAGCAGCAGAAAUAUUAGGUGCUGUACACAGACACCCCAACAACAGCUUUAAGAGCACCACCAUCGUCCUCAGCCGAAAGAUCAGCGACAGCAGCAGCAGCAGCAGCAAGUACGGAGACAAUGCCUUAUUCAACAUCUUCAUCCAUCCCUUCCUCCUCCUCCUCCUCCUCCUUUUCCUCCUCCUUCUUCUCCUGCCGCCGUUUCUGAAGUCGAGAAGUUAUAAAAACCACGUUUUUCGUUCUUUCUUUUUUCUUUCUUUCUUUCUUUUCAUUUCAUUUUUUUCUUUUCUUUCUUUUCAUUUUUUUCUUUUCUUCCUUUUUCAUUUUUUCUUUUCUUUCUUUCCUUUCUUUCUUUCUUUUCAUUCUUUUCUUUCUUUCUAUUUCAUUUUUCCUUUCUUUCCAUUUUUAUUUCAUUCUUUAUUUCUUUCCUUUCAUUUCCUUUUUCCAUUUCUUCCUGUCCGCUUCCUUCCUUCUUUCUUUUUAUAUCUUUCUUUCAUUUACUCUAUAUUUUCUUUCCUUUUCUUCAGUUCUCCCUCUCUUUCGUAUUUCUUCUUUUUUUCCUUUUUUUUUAAUAUUUCUUCUUUCAUUUUUUCUUUCUUCACUCUUUUUUCUUUUAUUUUCUCUUCUUUCUUAUCUCCACCCACUCCUUUUUCUAAAUGA